GUUAGGACUCUGCAUCAGGCAAUUUAACCUAAAUGCUAGAGUCUACGUUUUUUCUCCGAAGAUCGUCUGCAACGUGUUACGCACCUCUAAGGUUGUGUGGAAUCUGGAUCUAAUUUGUUUGAGUUGCACAUAUUCUCCCAUUGGCGUUGACUCCUGGCUUAACUAUUUGAGAAAUUUGAACUCCUUUCGGAUGGCCGCAUUAAUGUCUUCCUGUGGCAACUCUGCUUUGGUGUCUGAUGCUACUGCCAACUCAAGUCACUCAGAUAUUAUGAAUUCACAACUGGUGGAAAAUGGUCUCGUCCAUUUUGAAUCAUCUGAGAGGCGAAAAUUAGAAACUAAUGCAAGAACUGAAAAUCGAGUCUAUCAGUGUAAGAAAUUGAAAAUGUCUGCAGUUCGUGAAUUUCCUGCAGGCUGUGGGAGAUUUGCCCAAAAGUUUUCUCCUAGAACUUCUCAAAUAGAUGUUGAUAUGGAUGCUAAUGCUGAAAAAAUAACAGUCAAAGUCGGCAAGGACUCAUCUUCCACAUCUGACCAUGUUCAGCAGGAAACCACUCUGGAAAAGUGCGGCCAAUUUAAUGAAUCCUCUAAGGAUGUGGUCGUGAUGGAACAUUUAGCACCAUCGAAGAUCCUUCAACCUCAACAUGCAGGGGAGUUGGCCGGUGCUAUGAUUGACUUGUACCCACCGGAAACACCAAAAUAUGUGGCACACCUAGAUCCCAUCCCUUCUGUCUCACUUCCAGAAUCUGUAAACCUCAAUGAUUUGAUGCAAGAGAAGUCUUCACUACAUAUUUCAGCUAGACGAGCGUUUCCUUAUGGGUGUGGGAGGAAUGCACGGAGACUGACCGAGGUAGGAAAACACAAGCGCUUAAAUUCUUUGGCACACAAGGAUGGUGACAUUGGCAAGUCAUUUGCAAGGGACAUGUACAGCUGCAGAAAAUGGAAUGAAGCAGAUAAGUCUGGGAUGAAGAAGGAGAGUAACGAUAUUCCCAUUAGACCUGACUCAGAGAAUAUAUCAUCUCAUUCAGAAGAGAAGACUUUGAAUGGAGUUACUGAUAGGGAAAUCACUGACACCUCAGAGAAGAGGUUAACCAAGGAAUCUGCAGCGUCGGCCAAGAAGGAAGUUGAUUGUUCUAAACUGUCAAUGAAGCCGGUAGGCAUGAACUCGAACAAAGACCAGCAUCACCAAAGGAAUCCCAUUGAUCUGGAGUUAUGUAAAGGCAAAGUUGUAGUUCUGGCUCUGAUGGCUGCUCAAAAUUGUCCAUGGAUGCAGAAUUACGUUGGUGAUGAAUCAGAGGGACACUAACAAAGGUUCUGAUGACAAGGUCAGCUCGAAAGUAGAGAAGGCUCUGCUCCAAACUGCACCCAAAAUAUGAGAAAAAAGAAGGAACUGAAAUAGAGAUUGGAUCUAGCAGUACUGUUUUUAAAGGAGUAGCGCUGAAAAGCAACUUAUGUUUUGUCCUGUGAAUAGUAAUAUACAUGAGACAUUUUGUUUACUAGGAUUGAACUAUUGGAUAAGAUUUUUUGGAACUAUAUAUAUAAUGUCGGAUGUCUUAAGUAUCAAGGUGUAGACUGAAGAAGUAGGUACCAAUAAUCUCCCUAGGUGCU